AAUGCAAAGCAAGCAGCGGCUUUUUAUUGCGCGAGAUUCGGCUUCGAACCACUGGGCUACCGAGGAUUAGAAACCGGCUCACGAAAAUUAGCUUCUCAUGCUGUCAGACAAAAUAAAAUUAUUUUUGUAUUUGAGUCUGCUUAUGAGCCAGAUGACAAAGAGAUGUCCCAGCAUUUAGCACGACACGGAGACGGAGUGAGAGAUAUCGCUUUUAAUGUUGAAGAUAUUGACGCUAUUGUUCGAGUUGCAAAAGAGCGUGGCGCUACAAUUGUUAAAGAUGUCAAAGAAGAAAAAGAUCAACAUGGAAUUUUUGGCGACACAUUGCACACUUUAAUUGACAGAACAAAGUAUAAGGGGCGUUUUCUUCCAGGAUUUGUUGAUGUGCAGCCUGACCCUAUCUGCAGACUACUACCGCCAACUUUAUUGGAUUUUGUUGAUCAUUGUGUCGGUAAUCAGCCGGACCAACAAAUGGAGCCUGUUGCUAAGUGGUAUGAACAGUGUCUGCAGUUCCACAGAUUUUGGUCUGUCGAUGACACUCAGCUUCACACAGAAUUCUCAGCUCUCCGUUCCAUCGUAAUGACUAAUUGGGAAGAAACGGUGAAGAUCCCAAUAAACGAGCCAGCACCAGGAAAAAGACGGUCUCAAAUCCAAGAAUUUGUUGAGUACUACGGAGGCCCGGGUAUUCAACACAUCGCUCUUAAUACAAGUGACAUAAUUGCGUCAAUUGAAAAUUUAAGAGCGCGUGGGGUUGAAUUUUUGUAUGUCCCAGACAGUUAUUACGAUAUGCUCAGACACCGGUUAAAGUCUAGCAGUACAAAAGUAAUAGAAGAUCUAACAGUUCUUCAGAAACUUAAAAUUCUUAUUGAUUUCGAUGAAAAUGGUUAUCUUCUUCAAAUCUUCUCAAAAAAUGUCGAAGACAGGCCUACACUGUUUAUUGAAAUAAUUCAGCGUAGGAAUCACAAUGGCUUUGGAGCUGGAAAUUUUCAAGCACUAUUUGAAGCUAUUGAAAAAGAGCAAGAAAAACGUGGAAAUUUAUAA